GGGAGAGAGAACUGACAACACAGCAUCUCAUUUGUUUUAUCAUUUCACACAACUCUCUCUCUCUCUUAAUCAUCAACAUCCUCAUAAUUUGUCAUCUCCAUUCAUUUCUCUUUCUCUCUCUAGCUAGCCUCAUCUUUUGGCAGAGUGUAGUGCAGCUGAUGAUGAUGAUGAUGAUGAUGCCCUUCUUCUAAUUUUUCUUUUUAUUCCUGGUUUUAUUGAAUUAGAAGCAAGAAAAAAGGGUUUAAAAAAUAAUAAAUCAAAUCUGAGGAAGAGGGCAGCAGCAGCUAGCACUGACUCAUAGGAAUUCUUUCUUUCUUGGCUUUUAUUUUAUCUUUUCCAGUUGUCUACUCUCUCCCUCCUUCUCUCUCUCUCCCCUUUUCUUUUCUUUUCUUUUUAAACAUCACCAAAACUUCCCUUACCCUCUCUCUCUCUCUUUGUUGCUCUCCCAAUUCUCUUAUUAUCUCUUGAAUUCUUCUCAUUUACCCUUAAUCCUCUAGAGAGGGAGGGGACAAAGGGAUCGAGAAAUCAUUUACGGACUGAAUUAUCAUCAUAGAUGAAGAGAGAUCCUCAACUUCGAGAAUCGUAAAUUUAAUAUCAAGGAAAAGUGAGUGGGGGGAGAGAGAGAGAGAGUCAAGUUCAGAGAUGCAACAAGGAGGUGGAGAAAGAGGGUCGUCACAGUCACAAUAUGGAGUGCCACACCAACAACAACAACAACAAGAACAAGGUGAUGUACCUAUAACAACUCCUUCAUCUGCUGCACUAGCAACCCACAUGCAGCAGCAAGUAGUAGAAGAAGCAUCGCCCAUUAGCAGCAGACCUCCUGCCACAGCUGCCACAACAAGUGGGGUUAUGAAUUUAGAUGAAUUCAUGAGACUUUCAGGGAGUGGUGGUGCAGAAGAAGAUAUUGUUGCUGGAGAAGAUGCAGAUCGAACAGGAGGUAUUUCUAGUGGCAAUAGGUGGCCAAGGCAAGAAACUCAUGCCCUUUUGCAAAUUAGGUCUGAAAUGGAUGCUGCUUUUCGUGAUGCCACCUUAAAAGGUCCUCUAUGGGAGGAUGUUUCAAGGAAGCUAGCAGAGAUGGGAUACAAGAGAAAUGCCAAGAAAUGUAAAGAAAAGUUUGAGAACGUGCACAAGUAUUAUAAAAGAACAAAGGAAGGUAGAGCCGGUCGUCAAGAUGGCAAAAGCUACAGGUUUUUUAGCCAGCUUGAAGCUUUGCAUAAUACUACUGGUAGUGGCGGUGCUUCUGCUAGUAUCAUCAACGUGUCUGGUGCUGCUUCUAAGCAGAUUUUCACUACAACAACAAGCAGUCUGGAUGUUGCUCCUGUUUCUGUUGGAAUUCCUAUGCCUCCUUCGUCUUCUGUUAGAAUUCCUCCACCUUCUUCUCGGGUACUUCAACCAGCUUCAAAUAUUGGCUCAAUGUUCCCUCCUGAUUUGGGGGCAACAGUGGCCGCAGCUGCUGCAGGUGCUGGCCCUGUUGGAAUCAGCUUCUCGUCGAAUGAGUCUUCUUCUUCUCCAAGUUCUGAAGACGACGAUGACGACGAAGAUGAAGAGCUAUUAGGAGGGCAACCAUCAGCUACGGCUGCUGGUACGAGUCGAAAACGUAAAAGGGCAUCAUUAUCGUCAGCUAAAGGAGAAACUCAUCGGAUGAUGGAGUUUUUUGAGGGGCUAAUGAAACAGCUCAUGCAGAAGCAAGAGGCGAUGCAACAGAGAUUUUUGGAGGCGAUUGAGAAGAGGGAGCAAGAUAGGAUGAUAAGAGAUGAAGCUCGGAGAAGGCAAGAGAUGGCUAGAUUGAGUCGUGAAGAUGAGAUUAUGGCUGAAGAACGGGCUAUUUCUGCUAGUCGAGAUGCUGCUAUUGUUGCCUUGCUACAGAAAAUUACAGGCCAAACUAUUCAUUUGCCUACGCCUGUAUCAAUGGCCCCUCCAUUUUCACUACCUCCACCACCACCACCACCAGCAGAACCGCAACCGGUUCAAGUAACGCCAUUGUUCACUGUCUCAACCCAACCACCACCAUCACAACUUAAACACAUGCCACAGUCACAUGUAACACCACAACAAAAUAUACAACAUCCACAACCACUUCCCCAACAGCAGCACCACCACCACCAACAAGGGCAUCGUCAACACCAACUACCCAUUUCUUCAGACAUAGUGAUGGCAGUCCCGGAACAACAAAUAAUACCACAGGAAAUUGGAAGUGGUGGCGGUAGUGGGAGCGAGCCAGCGUCAUCAAGAUGGCCAAAGCCAGAAGUUCUUGCACUUAUAAAGUUGAGAAGCGGGCUUGAAACCAAAUACCAAGAAGCUGGGCCUAAGGGGCCACUUUGGGAAGAAAUAUCAACAGGAAUGCAAAGGAUGGGCUAUAAAAGAAGUGCCAAAAGAUGCAAAGAAAAAUGGGAGAAUAUCAACAAGUACUUCAAGAAAGUAAAAGAAAGUAACAAAAAUCGCCCAGAAGAUGCCAAGACUUGCCCUUAUUUUCAUGAGCUUGAUGCCCUUUAUAGGAAAAAGAUUCUUGGUGGAAGUGGUGGUGGUGGUGGAAGCACCUCUACUAGUGGCUUUGACAGCCAAAUUUAUAGGCCAACAAUCGGCCCAGAGGAACAGCCUCAUAUGUCAAUAGUCUUUCUACUAGGAAGAGUGGUUAUUUUAUGCAUCGGUCAUCAUACACUACCAAUCUAACAUUCGAAGACAUGGAGCCACCAUGAAACGCCUUCUUCACGAGCUUUAUGUUUCAGAUUUUUUGUUUCUAAUGCUCAAAAGCUACUUCACAAAAUGACAGAAGUGUGGCAAGUUGUUUCAAAAACAACAGAAAAUAUUAGUUCCUGGGACUGCUACAGACAUCUAAAACUAUCAUCUGUAUGCAGAGUGCCCAGCAACCAGGAUCAAGCACUACGUGCCAUCAACCAUUAUGCUUUGGUACUCAAAUCCCCAAGCAAAAAUCAGUAUAGUUUAUAGCUAAAACAUCAUUUCCACCGUAAUAGUGCUGAGUGCACCAAAUGAUUCUAUCCACUGAAUUAUUGCUGUGAUCCAGGAAGAAAAAGGUAUGAUAAUUCCAUGGCUGGAAGAAUGUGGUACAUUGACAAAAAAGCUUGCUUAGGAUUGAAGUUGCAAGAAAAUAGGUAGACUUAUUAGCUGCAUCAAAUGAGAAUAGCAGAUUCUUUUAAAAUCAUGGCAUUUGUGUAACUCAAAAAUGUGGAAAGCAUGAUCAGAUGAUUGAUAAUGACCAAUGGCGAGCCAAACAAUUAUCAGAAGUUAAGAUUGCAGAUUUAAUGACACCACAGGACCAUAAAUAAAAAAGCAGGAAGAUAAUGAAAAUAAAUACUCUUCAUUAGCCAGGUCAAGGUAAAUUCAUCAGCGGGCUUCCUGGUUGCAAACAAAAAGUCCACAUGUUUGAUCAAUUUGUAUGUCUUCAAGUCAAAGAAAGGAAGUUAAUUUCUUUGUUAUUUCCUUUAUUGACUCCAGCGCAGUAAACUUGGAAAUCCUCCUAAUCGGUCCAACUACAAUUUUAAGGAAACAACUCCUUCACAAGGCACAAUGCAAUGAACCUGCAGCUACAAUAUUUUGAACCAAGCCAGAAUGCUCAAAAAAAAAUUCUUCCACUAAAUUCUAAUCACUUCAGACAGCAAUUUCAUGAUUCCCCAUCAUACUGGAUAUCCAAACCUACCCAAGAUAAAUUACAGCCACGGACAUCUUUGAAAAUUUCACACCCCUUUAUUUAUGUCUCAAAUCAAAAGAAAUGAGUUCAGUUAACAUAGUCAUGGCGCUAAUUAUCUGAAUAAUCUCUUGAUUUCAAUGCAUCUCAUCCAAAUUUAUUCCAAAUCAUUAUCGUUUUGCAUCCAAAACGCUAUAAAGGCCAGAGCUCAGGCAACAUGUUAAAAACCAGAAAAGCCAGGAUUGC